AUGAAUUCGCAUUUGUAAAUGAAGAGAGAACAAUUUAUGGUUCAGAUUAGAAAGCAGGCUAGAGAGGAGAUCUUUUCUAAAAAGAGACACACGAGCAUUGGAUAAGAUGGGGAUCUGGUGUAAAAAUGUAAUCCUGAUGAGACUAUCAAUUUUAUAUAUCAGACUUAUCUGGAGUAGGAUUUCAAGCAUUUGGUUAAAUUGUUAAAAUAAUACAAUAUGAACUAUUUGAGAUUGUUGGAGGAGGAAAACCCAAACGAUUUGGUUGUUUUGAAUCAAUUCAUCAAUCAUUUUAGUGGUAAUUUGAAUGGUUUGAAGUUGUUCUUGGAUAUACUUCGGAUGAGUGACAUUCCUUUGGAGUUCAAUCUGCCAUCGGAGAGAUUAAUGUGUAUAAAUCAUGUGUUGGUAAUCUUGAUUAAUUUUACAUAUUUGGAUAGGAAGGAUAUAGUUGAGAAUUUGCUGCAAAAUGGUUUGAUGAAUCUGAUAUUGAAGGAUUUGAUGGAUAGGAUGGUAUAGCCUGACAAGGUUCAGAGUAAUUUUGAUAGAUGGUGUGAGAUUAUUGAGAGCGUAAUCAAUCUUUACUAUGAAUUUAUCAGAUUUGCCUUAUUUUGA